UUGGAUACCUAUUUAGUAUACAGUGUUGUUUAUUACGGUACACAAAACCUGUGUUUUAUCUAAAAAGAAAAGAAUCGCGCUGAAAUAACGAACCUUCGAUAACACUACGUUGAAACGAGAAGUAAUGAUAACAUUACAUAAUAUUCGUACUGUACGUACAUCAUCGGAUUUGUUUGGAUAAACUUUUUGUUAUAUAAUGUAAAUGUGAUUAAAUGUGAUUUAUUUUAUUUUAAUUUUCAUACACUUCAAAUUAUUAACGAUAAAUAAAAAAUGUGUGACAGUGAAAGUGAGCAACCUCCUAAAAAGAAAGCGCUUUACGACACACUAUCAAGUCAUCUAGUAAAUAAUAGUAAAACUGAACGUCAAAAACGAUACAGAGAGCAGAAUAGGCAGAAAUUGAAACAGCGUAAAGCUGAAAGAAGAAAACGAAUACAACAUUCACAAAGUACUGCCGGGCCAUCUACUUCUUCAAACACUAAUAGCAUUGAAGUGAGUGAUGAAGAAACAAUAUCUGUUAUUUCCCAAAGUUCAUCUGGUUUGGAAAAAACACGUACAGCAUCAAUUCAUAGAAAUGAGCAAGAUGAUAAAAUAAAUGCUCUCCAAAAGAAACAAGAACGUCAACAAAGAUACAGAAAGCAAAACAAGGAUAAAUUGAAGUAGCGUGAAGCGGAAAGAAGAAGACGUUUACAAAAUUUAGAAAUUAUUGCAGAAGUAUCUAAUUGUCCAAAUAUUGAAUUUACAGAAAUAAUCAAUGAGUCAAUAAUAAACGAAAUAAAUACAAGUUC